GUUGUUGUUUGUUGGGAUACACACUCUGCUGCACGCUUCAUUAGGUGUGCUAUGUUACAUGUAGCUAGCCCUAGCACUCGAAAUAGGCCUGGGAAAAUUUUUUAGACAACGAAGAAAAUAACAAUAGGCCCUAAUGUUAAAAGUGUAAUUCUGUGGAACAUUUAAUUUAAACACAUGUGAAAUAAAUUUGAGGAUGCCUUUAAAACCUGGCCAAUGGAGAUAUCCGGCUAAACCAGGAUUUGCUUGGAAACUUGGAACUGCAGUGGCUCAUUUUGGAGUUGCUACCAUUUGCAAAUUUUGGCUAAACUGGUUGAAUACACUGAAGACCGUGAACAUCGCUGCGCUCAAUCAAGCCAUCAAACACCGCCCUCAUGACAUGCCGUUGAUUACAGUGUCUAACCAUACAUCCUGCCUGGAUGACCCACUUCUAUGGGGUAAAGACAAAUAUCAUGCUACAUGUGCAAUCUCACAGCUAGUCACAGAAAGGAGAGCUCAGGGUGUUUAAAUUUAAAACAGGCUGAGGGGGAUGCUUGUUUUCUAACUCUUACACCAUAUACACAUUUUCAUGAUUGUGUGCCCUUUGUACAUUUUUGAUAUUGGCAUGUUAUGUAUAUCAUGUUGUUUUUGUGGGGACACUUUUCAUAGUUUGAUUCAGUUUGCUGUUGGAAAUCCUAUCUCAGUUGUGCUUGUAUCAAUUGUUUUACGCAUAGUUACCAACUGCCUCGCAUUGUGCAGGACGGUCCCGCAUUUCAAAGUGAUUUUGAUUGAAUCACGCAUUUUUCAGAAACACGUGCGUGAUCAUAAAUUUGUCACACAUUUAGCCCAGGUCUAAAUUAUCACAAAUUCAGGGGAAAAUGUGUUAAAAAUUAGGAGAAAUUAGUUUUAUUAAAGAUAUAAAAAAUGGUCGUGCAGUAACUUUGGUCUACAUGAAUACUUAAUUCACUGAGGCAUUACUAAAAAUGGAUCAGUAUGCCUAUUCAUGUUUUGUUUAAGUAAUAAAAUGUUUGUGUACAUAGGUCGGGUGUUCAAAUUAGACAUAAUGUACAUUGAAAUU